AUGGCCGAUGUUAGAAUAUGGGUUUGGGAAAGACGGAAAAGGAGUUUACGGGAUGGUCACGGGAUUGCAGUAUGCGCGGUGGACGUUUGGCGUGGUGUCUCUGGUGGGCUAUGUGGUGCUGGCUGGGGUUGCGGCGUUGGCGGUGUAUAG